CUGCCCGCCUCAGCCUCCCAAAGUGCUGGGAUUACAAGCGUGAGCCACCGCGCCCGGCCUGGACUAUAGAUUUCUUGACAAAGGUGGGAAAUGUGUUUUUCCCCAUUGAAUUCCCAGUGCCUAGCACAUAGUAGCCACUGAAACGUGUUGAAACAACGAAGGGUUGGCUGGGCGCAGUGGCUCAUGCCUGUAAUCCCAGCACUUUGGGAGGCCAAGAUGGGCGGAUCACGAGGUCAGGAGUUCGAGAUCAGCCUGGCCAAUAUGGUGAACCCCCGUCUCUACUAAAAAUACGAAAAUUAGCUGGGCAUGGUGGCAUGCACCUGUAGUCCCAGCUACUCAGGAGGCUGAGGCAGAAGAAUCGCCUGAACCCGGGAGGCAGAGGUUGCAGUGAGCCGAGAUUGUGCCACUGGACUCCAGCCUGGGCGACAGAGCCAGACUCCGUCUCAAACAGACAAACAAACAAAACAAAACAAAAAACAAACAAAAAAAAACGAAGGGCAAGGCAUUUCAGGAUUUCUUCUAAUAGGAUCUCAGACUAUUCUAGGGAGUUCUGAUUUGUUUGGGAUAUCCCAGUUCUCCUCCUGGGUAUCUUGGAAUGUUGCACUAAACCCAGAGCAGUUCCAGAGGAGAAUGACAGGCAGAACCAGGUCCUCUAGCUCAUUCUCCCCCGCUUAAAAUCCUGCAUGGCCCUGGACCUCGUUGGAUUCUCGGGUGGUAGGCAAAUGCCUUAGCACUUGCUGUUCCUUUUACCCCUGAGGCUGCUUGGGUUUUUGUCUUUAUAUUUAUUUAUUUAUUAGGGACAAGGUCUUGCUCUGUCAAGGAGUGCAGGCUGGAGUGUAGCGGCAUGAUCACGACUCACUGCAGCCUUGAACUCUAAGGCUCAAGCAAUCCUCCUACCUCAGCUUCCCAAGUAGCUGGAACCAUAGGCGUGUACCACUACACCUGGCUAGUUUAUGUUUUUUAUUUUUUGUAGAGAUAGAGUCUCCCUGCAUUGCCCAGGAAGGUAUCAAACUCCUGAGCUCAAGCGAUCCUCCCCUUUCAGCCUCCCAAAGUAUUGAGAUUAUAGGCGUGAGCCACGGUGCCCAGCCCUGCCUGCGUUUUUAGAUGUUAGCAAGGAAAGCAAGGGAUAAGUGAGCCAUUUUCUAGCCAACCAGAGUGCCUUGGCAGCCCUGAUCCAGGUGGUUUUCAAACUCAACUCACUGGAGAAAGAAGGCAAAGGAGAGGGCCCUUGCUGGGCUCUGGCUGUCUCCUCAGCUUUAACCAGAGCAGCUCUGCUGUGAUCUGUGUAUGUAUUGGGAUUCUGCUGCUGGGAUGGGGACAGGAGCGCCUUCUCUUGAAACAGACAGCUGAUUGUCUCUCCUCCCUGGCCUUCAGGCUGUGGGCACUGCACAGCAUCAUGGGCUUAAAGGAGGCCAUCCAGAUGUGCUAUUUAUGCAGUCAUUGGGGAAAUGGUCAAAAAGCAAACUGAAGAUGGCUGUCUAGUCACUGGAACCAAGCCACAGCCUGAGGCUUGAAAAAAAUUUGGAAAGUUCCUGACAAGGAGAUGGCAGCAGGUCCGGAGGAAAGUCUGCACAGAUACCGAGCAAGGGGAACACACAGGGCACAGCUCAGAGUCAAAAUGCUGAGUGUCUACUUGUCAGAGAGACGUUGAUAUCACAUACAUGUGUAAUAGGAGCCAUCUAAAGGUAAGACAGAGACAGACAAGGGAGUCUGAGAUCUGGGACAAAGGAGGUCUUGGACUCUGCUCUGCCUGGAUUUCUGGUGGGCUGAAUGAAAUCUGGUUGGUGGGUUGGAGUGGGCUUAGGUGUGGCUAGAGGCUAUGUCUCAGAACUGACUUUGCCCUUGACUGAAAGGACCAGACACUGAGGACCAGGUCCUCAUAGCUCAUCAAAUUUUAAGGGUGAAAGGGAUAUCAGAAUCACCCAAGCCUUAUCACUACUUGAAUCCUCCUAAUAACACAGUCACAAAGUGGACACUUGCGCCUGCUCAGCCACUCCCUGUGAGUGGCCAUAGUUGGCAGCAAGGAGGCAGAGGCCACAACAAGAGUAUGAGCAGACUUAACGCUCCUCUCAAGCAGAUGCCCUGUUGUCCUACAAAGAUUGGCUCCUGCUGCUUUACGCCUAAUGACCUUUGGAGUUGGAAAAUUCUUCUCCCCAUGAAAUGAAGUGCUAGGUGUGGGCCGGCCCCCACCCGACCCUGACAAGUGACCAUGGAUCCCGGAGCCGGGUCAGAGACAUCUCUGACUGUCAAUGAGCAGGUCAUCGUGAUGUCAGGUCAUGAGACCAUCCGAGUGCUGGAAGUUGGAGUGGACGCCCAGCUCCCUGCUGAGGAAGACAGCAAAGGACUGGAGGGUGCGGCCGCCGAGGGCUCCCAGCGCGGAGACCCUGCUGAAGCCAGUCAAGCUGCUGGUGAAGCUGGGCCAGACAACCUGGGCUCCUCUGCAGAGGCAACUGUGAAGUCACCCCCGGGGAUCCCUCCGAGCCCUGCCCCUGCCAUUGCCACCUUCAGCCAAGCCCCAAGCCAGCCUCAGGCAUCGCAGACCCUGACGCCACUGGCUGUACAAGCUGCCCCCCAGGUCUUGACUCAGGAAAACUUAGCCACAGUUCUGACAGGAGUUAUGGUUCCAGCAGGGGCAGUUACUCAACCUCUUCUUAUCCCCAUCAGUAUUGCAGGUCAAGUGGCUGGUCAGCAGGGGCUGGCCGUGUGGACAAUUCCUACAGCAACCGUGGCUGCCCUCCCAGGACUGACCGCUGCUUCUCCUACGGGGGGAAUUUUCAAGCCACCUUUAGCCGGUCUCCAAGCAGCUGCUGUGCUGAACACCGCUCUUCCGGCACCCAUACAAGCUGCCGCACCAGUACAGGCCUCCUCGACGGCCCAACCCCGGCCACCAGCCCAGCCCCAGACGCUGUUCCAGACCCAGCCGCUGCUGCAGACCACACCUGCCAUCCUCCCGCAGCCCACUGCUGCCACCGCUGCUGCCCCUACCCCCAAGCCAGUGGACACCCCCCCACAGAUCACCAUCCAGCCUGCAGGCUUCGCAUUUAGCCCAGGAAUCAUCAGUGCUGCUUCCCUCGGGGGACAGACCCAGAUCCUGGGGUCCCUCACUACAGCUCCAGUCAUUACCAGCGCCAUUCCCAGCAUGCCAGGGAUCAGCAGUCAGAUCCUCACCAAUGCCCAGGGACAGGUUAUUGGAACCCUUCCAUGGGUAGUGAACUCAGCUAGUGUGGCGGCCCCAGCACCAGCCCAAAGCCUGCAGGUCCAGGCCGUGACCCCCCAGCUGUUGUUGAACGCCCAGGGCCAGGUGAUUGCGACCCUGGCUAGCAGCCCCCUGCCUCCACCUGUGGCUGUCCGGAAGCCAAGCACACCUGAGUCCCCCGCUAAGAGUGAGGUGCAGCCCAUCCAGCCCACACCAACCGUGCCCCAGCCUGCUGUGGUCAUUGCCAGCCCAGCUCCAGCAGCCAAGCCAUCUGCCUCUGCUCCUAUCCCAAUUACCUGCUCAGAGACCCCCACCGUCAGCCAGUUGGUGUCCAAGCCACAUACUCCAAGUCUGGAUGAGGAUGGGAUCAACUUAGAAGAGAUCCGGGAGUUUGCCAAGAACUUUAAGAUCCGGCGGCUCUCCCUGGGCCUUACACAGACGCAGGUGGGUCAGGCUCUGACUGCAACGGAAGGUCCAGCCUACAGCCAGUCAGCCAUCUGCCGGUUCGAAAAGCUGGACAUCACACCCAAGAGUGCCCAGAAGCUAAAGCCGGUGCUGGAAAAGUGGCUAAACGAAGCCGAACUGCGCAACCAGGAAGGCCAGCAGAACCUGAUGGAGUUUGUGGGAGGCGAGCCGUCCAAGAAACGCAAACGCCGCACCUCCUUCACCCCCCAGGCCAUAGAGGCUCUCAAUGCCUAUUUUGAGAAGAACCCACUGCCCACAGGCCAGGAGAUCACUGAAAUUGCUAAGGAGCUCAACUAUGACCGUGAGGUCGUGCGGGUCUGGUUCUGCAAUCGGCGCCAGACGCUCAAGAACACCAGCAAGCUGAACGUCUUUCAGAUCCCUUAGGGCUUAGCCCCUGGCCCUGUGUUCUAGCACUUUGUCCAUUUCCUGUGGCACCUGGCUGCAGCCACUGCCAUGACAGCACCUGUCAUUUUGCCACGUGCAGCUGUGCUCACCCCAGGUCAUCAGACUCCACCGUGUGCAUGUGCAUCAAUGUCCCUCUUUUCUCCCACACAUCUCACAUCAUGGGGAGGCCAGAGGGGGCCACAUGAGAGCUCCAGGCUCUGGGCUGGUCACUCCGAAGAAGAAGAUUUGUGUUGUCACUUAGAGAAGCACCUUGCUAGCAUGGUUUCUGAAGGGUGAAUUCUGGUGGGGAACCAGAAACUCCCUGUCUUUGGGUCAGGGCUGAAGCAGCUCCUAAGGACCACUGGCCAUUAGCUCUUGCUUUUGACAGCAUUCUCUUUCCACCUUCUCUUCUCCUUUGCUCCUCUGUGUUAGUGUGGCAGGUAUGACAACUCAUCCAGUGGAACCACAGCCUCACACUGCCCUUCCGCCCCCACACUUUUCCUGCAGGCGCACCGAAAGGACCCAGGAGAUACAAUUCAAAAAAGUGUGAUGUGCUGCUCAGAAGGUCAGACUCAAUGUCUGCCUUGACCUCAAGGUCAGAAGAUUCCCAAACCCCUGGGGCUGGAACAUGGGAUCUCCUCUCCCACCUCUUCCUGGUUCCUUUGCGGGGAAAAUUGCACUAAAACAGAACGUUUUCUUAAUCCAUGUUGGAAGGAAGCAACAGUGAACUCUACCUGUCCUGGAGUUGUCCUGGGUCAGCAGAAGGUUGGGAAUUUAGAAAAUCAGGCUGUUCUUUCAUGUUUUAAUCUAAUCUCUGUCAAUGGCCAUCCCUCCCACAAAAAAACGUGGGUUAAGAGAACUUGCAGACUGGAUGUGCAAGCAAAUGGGCAACUCUGGAGAAAAAUAAGGAAAGGAACGCUGACUUUCUCUUUCUUUCUCUUGUCCCCACACCCAUUCCCAACCCAAUACUGGGGCCUUCUCAAAAGGAGCAAAUUAAACAAUAAACCAGACAGCAAGGCCCUGGGGGAAAGGUCAACAUCCUGAAAUAAAUGAUGGAGCCCGGGAAGGUCUCUUGUGGAAGUUAA